UAAGCAGACAGCGCGGUAUACCGUAAACUUGUUUACUUUUCGUGAACCUUCGCCUACAUCUCGUUGAAAAGUUCAGGUAUCUCUAUCGAUUCGAUGAUUACUCGCGUCCUUCAUAGAAUUUCAAGAGCAGUGCCACAGUUUAGGCGCACUGCAUACGGAGUCGGAGCUAUUCUGAGCGUCGGUGUUUAUUUAUAUGCGUCUAGAAAAUCGCCAUUUGUAACGACGAUGGCAGCGGGUAAAAAUGACCCAAAUUGGUGGAAAACGGCUGAAAACAUCUAUGCCUUUACUGUAACUGAUAUAGAUGGCAAUGAAGUAUCGUUGGAGAAGUACAAGGGUCAUGUCUGUCUUAUUGUGAAUGUAGCAUCCAGCUGAGGGUUAACCGACAAGAACUACAAACAGCUGGUCGAGUUAGACCAGCAGUUUGGUAGUUCUAGAGGUCUCAAGAUUCUGGGUUUCCCCUGCAACCAGUUUGGUGGACAGGAGCCGACGCCGAAUGCAGAGAUCAAGAAGUUUGCCCAAGAGAAGUACGGUGCUCAGUUUGAUCUGUUCUCCAAGAUUGAUGUGAACGGAGACAACGCCAUCCCCCUCUACAAAUACCUCAAGAUCAAACAGAAAGGCACCCUGGGAAAUCGUAUCAAGUGGAAUUUCACAAAGUUUUUGGUGAACAAAGAAGGCAUUCCUGUGAAGAGGUUUGGGCCACCAACAGAACCCAAGGAUACCGUAAAAGACAUUGAGAAGUACCUCUAAAGGAAAGGGGGAAAAACAUGAAGCAUUGAGGUGAAGGCAUGAAGGUGAUCUACAACAUUCAAGUAACUCCGAGCUACCAAGCUAGUCUAGGUAAUGGCUGUAAUUGACUGCUGCACAUACAUGUAACGCCCAGUUUGGAUGGAGCCUACAAAGUAACAAUUUUUUUAGCCGACUCCAAGAAAUUUAGCAGUAAAUGCAAUGUAGUGUCCAAGUAAUAAUUAUUUGAUUUACAGGAAUGUGUAAUAUAAAUCUUUUGCGAUCAGUCGUGAGAUCGAUUUCUAUGAUUGUAAAAAUCAGCCCCAUCCAGGACUGCCAACAUUCAUGUUCAUCUCUGUUAAGGAAAAUUUACCUGGAAAUUGGGGAGAUGUUUUAAUUUACUUAUCUGCAAUCAUGGCUUUUGGAUUGUUGACUUUCAGUUGGAAGUUUUUUGGGAAAUUUAGGUCUUUCCUGUCCAGUUGAGAAAUACUAGGAAAAACUUGUAAAUGCUGGGAAGUACUCAAGAUGUACAGAGAGGUACUGGGAAAUGCUAGAAUAUUCUUGAAAAACUGGGCAAUACCUGGAAAUAUUCAAGAACUAUAUUUCGUAGUAUUUUCCUGCCAGGGAAAAAAUUACACGGGGGCUUGGGGCAAAUUUGCCCCCGAAAUGGCCUGCAGAGCCCUGGAAAACUAAAAACGAGCCCUUAAAAUUCUCAUAGGGUCAUAUGUAAACUUUAAUACAAUGUAGCAAAUUUAGUCUGUCGAGCUCAAAAGUAGCCCCGGAUAAGAAAAUAAUUAAUUUUUACCCUGUUUCGUGCAUUUAUAAUUAUUUCCCAUUUUCCUUGAAUGACUGAGGUGUUAUUUACCAGUAUUUACCACUAGUAUUUCCCACUCUGGCCAACACUGUUACACUCAUGAAGACUUGGUGACUCUGUAAUAUAAAGAUAUCCUUUUUGCCUUCACAUUGAUGAACACAUAUAUAUUAAAUACCAGGAUCGGGUCAUUUUCAUCUUGUCUGUCAUGUACUUCAGACAAUCAUGAUGGCUUGUUGGUAAAACCGCAUUCCAUGCGGCAGAACAAGCUUGAGAAUAAAAGGUCAAAGUUCGUGGAAGUAAGAUGAGAAAGACCGGAUCCUUGAAUUUGAUAUAUGUCCUUUUAGUGCCUAGUAGUGACUAUGUUGUGUACAUUGUAUGUAAAAACAGGCAGUUUUGCAAAGAAGCGACUGCUUGAACAAAUGUACGUGGCAUAAUUGGGUAUUUUUAUCUGCAAUAUCUCUCAUGCCCUUGUCGUGACGUUUUGGGAUGUAUUGCCUGUUUUUGCACGUUUUGAAAACAGGUGUUUUUAAAAUUUUCUCUUGGUGCAAUAGCAGGGUUUAAUGCAGAUAUGAGAUUUUUUUCAGUUGAUCCUAAGCUAGCUGUACCAACGUGAGACGGAUGAUACACAGUUAUGUUGUUUAUAUUAUCAAUAUGCUUGUAUGUUCCUAUCCUACAUGCUCUGUACACAUGGAAUUUUUAUUGCAUAAAAAAGUCAAUGUAAAGAUUACCAACAUAGUGUAAUGUACACCACUCCCUUCCUUUGACGAUGGUUUAAUGAUGAUUUGCUCUUCAACUGUUUAUAACGGCAGGGCCAAAUCUGAAAAAAACUUUUUGUUACCAUCAGCAACUGAAAAAUGGUGUGCAGUCCACAAUGUUUGUAAUCAGAGCAGAAAUGGUGUAAUGAAUGUGUUUUUUUUUGGUGUAGAUGUUAUGAAUAGGGUUUAUUCAAUCUAAUUCAAUCAAUCAAGGUCACUGAAUGUAUAUUCAAAUAUUUGUGUAAAGAAUGUGGUGUUUUUAUGAUUCUGUUUUUUUUGACAAUCUUAAGUACGAAAAGGUGAUGUUUUCUUCAAUCUAAUUAUACCAGUGAAAGUCACUUAACCUAUAUAUUUCUAUAAAAAAAGUGAUAUUUUUAUGAUUCUGUUAUAAAUAAGUUAAAAAAAUAAAAAUGUGAUAUUUUGUUCAAUCAAGCUAAGGGAAUAUUACCUAUAGGGUUAUUUUGUUUAAUCAAAGAAAAGUUUUAGUGAAACUUAAUGUAAUUGAUUGUCAUAAAGGUAGUGUGGUGUUUGGGAAAUAAGUCACAAUUUACCCAAUGCUUAUUCACUAGAGUAACAUACAUGUACCAUGGACUGCCGACUGUGUAUAUUUAUUGUUUGGAUAAUAUUUAGGAAAGUUGGAUCUUUUACAUCAAACUAUACGAAUGAAUUGUUACUGUAUUUAACAUGGUUUAAAUCAGUUUGAUGUUAAGGUGGAUUUAUGCCAUAAUGUUGAUAGGGAAAUGUAGAAACCAAUGUAUCAACAUUAUUCAAUAAGACAGUUAAUGUAUCAAUAACAUGAAUUCAAAUUAAAUCCACAUCAGCCGUAAAUAGUGACCCACUGGACACUGGAUGUGGCUUAAAUUGGUAAAGAUUUGAAAUGAAAGCUCUAUCAAGAUUUGAAUUUUAAUCUUUUGAGAUGCAAAAAUAAAUCUUAAGGAUUUGAUUUCAAUGCAAAGUCACAGCAGAUCUGGAUUUUAUUUUAAAACCAUAGAGUGUCAGUCUGUCAGGCCAGUUAUAAUUCAUUUCAUACAUGUAUGUACAUGUAUAUAAGACAAACUUGAUACUGCAAGAAGGGUAUAUGUGUCCUAAGCUCAAUUUUGUAUUUUUAAAAAUGUAAUAUAUGUCUGUCUGGUAUGAAUGAGUACUUGAACUCCAAUGUCUUGAGCCAACUUUAUUCUAUCCAGCAAAGAGUAGACAUGUGGCUCAGUGGAUGAGUCUUGAACAAGAAGGUCGGAGGUUCAAAUCCCACCGUAGCACCCACCUCUUUUGGCAAAUUGUAUAUUUACAUUUGCCACUCUAAACCAAGGUGCAAAAAUGGAUACCUGGUAGGAAGAAAUUCCUUGAAUGCUCGAGCAUCUGAUCAGGGUUGCCGUUCUAAAGCUGUGGUAAUAUGCAGUGCUUAGAAACAUUGCGUAAUGUGUUGUUUAAAUGUAGGCUUAUGGUAGCUGCAUAAUUCCUUGCCACCGAUGAUUAGUCUGCAGGCACAGACCCCUGAAUUUCGCAAUUCUUAUAGUAGAUAAUGUAGAGUCUGAAGUAAAGAGACUAGAUUCUAUGUGGACUAUGUAGUAUUCUGGCUGCCUCUGCCACAGAGAGUGUGAGUAGUCUUCACUCUAGACCUGGUUAUGGUAUAAUUGGUCAAAGCAUGGGUUAAGUGUCAAAUUUAAGUCUGUGCAUGCAGACUGAUCAAUGACCUGCAUGCAUUUUAAGUACAUUCAUCAAUUAUGAAUUAUUAUGACCUGUGAUUUGAGUUUGAUAUUUGAUUACCAAUGCAGUUGAUGAAGUGAUAAUUAAAUUUUUCUGUGUUUGUGUGGACUGCAGUUGAUUUGAAGAUAAUGUAUAAUGUGUAAUGUAAUAAGUACCCAUAGAAGCAAUUUCAUGAAAUAGAUUAAGACAAGUACAGAAUGCCUAAUUUUCUGAAAUCUAAUUCUGAAAUUUGUAAAGUUAAGGAUUUUUUUAAAAUGAAAAUAUACAAAGUCCUAUUUGAUGUUCUCUUUUAUGGGAAAACGUUGCCAUUAUAAUUAGUACUUUAGAUAAGCACUUAACAAAAUGUAUUUUCAUGAAAAAAAACAAAGUCUGGUACAGAAUGCUUUAUAUUCUUAAUUCAGAUUUUAAUUGUUUUAAUGUUAGGAUUAAUUUUACACUGCGUUGUGAAAAUACAUGUCCUACUUUUUCAUGGGGAAAAGACUGCCAUUUGAUGCCUUAUUAUUUUUUUGUGAAUGUUUCUUAUAUCUUUCUAACAGUAACACAUGCCAUUUGAUAUCGUUUUAUGCAACAAGGGUAUCUGCAAGACAAGUUAAAAUCUCUACUGAAAGUGAUUGUCCUGUUUUAAAUAGUAAAUGUGUUGGUCACUGAUUGGGGGCGACUAUUAAUGCAUACAUAUGGGUUCAAUGCGUCAAAAGAUGAUAAUUCGACAUUAUUGUUUCAGCCUUUGUAGGUGUAUUUUAUUGUCUUGAAGGUCGAUUGAUGAAUGUUGUAUGGAUGUCCACCAAUUGUUUUUCUCGUGAAUCUAUUGUGAUUAAAUUGAGCGUGAGAUCACAU